AUGGAAGUGAGGGAACUUCGCCCUUGGUUGCCGGGCUUCCCCGGGUUUUUCUCCUCUUCUUCCUCGUCGACUGCCUUCUUCCUGGCCUUCGCCCUCGGCUGCCUCCUCGCCGUCGCCGUCUCCGUCUCUCUCAGGAAGAAGGAUCGCGGGCUGAAAGAAGAGGAGCUGCGGCUCCCGCGGCUGGAGAACCUCGCCGACGACUCUUCCGCGCCGCCGUCCUCUGCGUCUGAGGCGCCGCACCAGCGCCAGCGCCUCCACGAAUGGGCCGCGACGGCUUCCCCUCCGCUCCUGCCCCUUCUUGGUGGCGGCGAGGGGGAACAAGAGAGGGAUGAGAGGAAGAAGAAGAAGAAAAGGGGGAAGAAGAAGAAGCAGGAGUCGCAGUCGGGUGGAGGAUCGGACGGCGGCGAGGAACCAGGGUGCGGCGAGAAGGAUCGGAUGGAGUGGGGGGGCGGGAAGCUGGGGCCGGGUAGUAACUACCCGUUCUCGUCUCUUUUGAGCGCCACGCAGAGGAGAAUCAAGCAUCAGUAUGAUCAGCUAGUCAAGUCCAACCAGGCCAAGGCAUUGACCAUAGCUCAGGCAUGUUUUUUUUUUCCCGCCCAUUUCCUUCCGUCUAAUUUAUUGGACUAUUCUCUAAGUUUUCUUGGGUACAGAGAGGGAAUUAAAAAGCCAGAAUCAUGAGAAUGAGCAGCAUACGACACCAGGAACACGAGUGCUUGUGAUACUUCCUGAACCACUGAGCCACUAAAGUCAAAUUUACUUCUUCUUCUUCUUCAAAAUAUAAUUAUUGUUCCUAGUUUGCCAGUUCACCAUUUUUUUUCAUAUUUCUCUCUUUAUUCGUGUACAUUUUUCUUUCUUCAACAAGACUUUUUGGCGUCAGUCAUGCUCGGCGCCUACGGAGCACGUUUUUCGCUGCUUUAGAUUUCAUUCAUCCCAACCUAACUUUUUUUCCGCUGACUUAAUCCACAUCACAUGCUCACGAGAAUAGGAAUGACGUCGCAGUUGACUAUGAUACCUUUAUAUAUUUUCUCCUUUUCCAUCAAGUCAUGUCCCAUGUACCCCAUAACUUCUCAUUAAUUGAACCUUACACUCAUCAGUUUCACUAUCGAGGUCUGGUUAUUCCCUGCCUACUAUGCAUUUCUGACUCACAAGUUUCUCUCCAAAUUUGCAUUCACAUGUGUUUUAAAAGAUUCAUGCCCUAGAAUUUAAUUGUCAGCUGUAUUAACAUUUAGGGACUCAUUUUGGUGCAUGGGAUUCGUUUCCUCCCGGCAGUUUAAGCCCCAAGUGUUCAUUUUUAAAAUGCAUUCAUUAUUACAUGUCACUCGGCUAACACAUGCCAAAUAUGGUCAUAUAUAGGCUGUUCGACUCAACAUACCGAAGGGAAGAAUUUUUUUGGCAAUACAACAUAUACUCAUAUGCUAAUAUGUUUGUGUAUGGAAUUGCAUGACUCACAGUUUGAAAUGAUGUAUCUCUGCAUUUUCUUCCUCUGGAAGUCAACUCUCACAAUCUGUUGGUUUGCGCAUGUUUUGUUUAAUAAGAGACAUGUGGAAGCAACAUUUUAACCUUUUUGAGCUCGUGAGAUUUUAUAAUGCGUGGUUACCAUUCCCUACAAGCUGGAUUGUAUUAGAGGUCACAUGUUUGUCCUGUAUAGCAUUGGAAAACUGACCUGCAAGACGACAAUACAGUUUCUUAAAGAGCAAGUUUACAAUCCGCCGUUUUCUGGAACAUUGCGACAAAAAAAAUUGGAUUAUGAGAACGAUUAUCUGAAGUCAAGUCAUGAAAUUCCUUGGAUGCAUUUAUAAUUGAAACUCAUUUCAUAAAUACCUGACAUUGCUCUUUCUUUACUGUCAUCUUAGAUUAGAGUGGUAGUCAACCUUUCUGUUCGGCUCUUAUCACGAAUGGGGUAAGAGAUUGUGACAAAUCUCUUAGUGGUUCCCUCUACCCUCAAUGACGGCUUGUUUGUUGACCAAUAGAGAAAAUUUCGUCUCAAAAUUCGUGUGUUGUGUUGUGCCCUUAAAGUACUCAAAGCUGUUUAGAACUUCCAUAGCCGCUUACGAUUGUGAGAGUCAUUAAAUGCAUUGUUGAGUCACUAAUUCAAUUUUUUUUACAAUAUUAUGAAAUAACAUGCCUUUUAUUUAUACGUUUUUUAUCUCAUGAACCAUGGGUGGUUUCUUGAAUCCUAUAUUUUCAUGAGGUUGUGUACUAAACUUCCAUUAUUGCUGGCAUUAUGCCUUUUUGAACUAAACUUGCAUGUAAGUCAUCAAAACAUAAUGUGGCCUCUUCACUUACCAUAUGUCCUAUUUAGUCGGUUGAAUAGAUGUCAUAGGGUCAGCCUCUGUGUAAUGCACAAAAUCCCUCCAAUCUUUGUUGAGAAAAUUACUCUUGCUUAAACUAGAAUGGGUAGUUGAGUUCCCCAUUGUUGCCGCAGAAAGACAUCAUUACGCAACUCCCAUUGAAUGCCGAAUAUUCCAUCUGGCUGCGUCCAGCAUUUUCUCACUUAUAUGCUCAAAUAAAGUUCCUUCAAUUCUUUUCAAUAUUGAUGCACAAGGUAACUAUUGAUUUCCAUAAUGCCUCCAAUCAUGUGGUUUCCGUCCUUUUUUUUGGUGAUCAUUGUCCUAGAAAUUAAUAUCAAUAUAUGUAAUAUGCCCUUUUGGCACAGUCACUUCCUAAUGCAGCCAACUUAAAGUUCUAGAAGUUUCAGAGGUAACAUCGCGUGAAAUAACAGUAAUUUUAGUUUGAAGAACAACGUGGAUUAAGGCAUAUGUAACAUUGUGGAAUAUGUUGAUGGGGUAAAAUUCUGGAUCUAAAACUUUUAAAGUUUGGAAUGUGUAAUGGAUUAGGUUCUUUAGGCGAAAGUAACAAUUCGUAGCCGUCAAUUCCGAUUUCUACGUAGUCAUUCUGAAGAAUGCUGUUGUCAUGUCACUGACUGUCAUGACAGGGAUGAUGAAGCUUCCAUUAAUACCGACUAGACUGCCAUACAUUGGGGCUUUUCUCUAUACCUAUGUUUUAUUGCGAUUGUGAAGCAUCUACUUAGCGUAAACCUUGAAUGAGUGAUGCCAAUGGUGGUGUCUAUCCGUGGGUAGAUCAAGGGUCAAAGUGUCUUGGUUGAGGAGUUUGUUCUUGAAUAUUCUGUGUUAGUCAUCAUGCCGCAUCGAUAACUAAACAUGUUUUUUUCUCUCAUUAUUCCUCAAUCUUUCAAAAAUGUUUACAGUUAUUGGGUACCAAAAAUGGAGUAAACGAUGUGCUAAAGCUUACCUUUUAAUAUAUUUUUUAAUUCCUUCUUACCAUUAUUGGGCACCAAAGAUGAAGUUCGCGAUGAGCUUAAGGUUCCUUUCUUUCUUUAUAUACGCUUCAAUUGCUUCUCAAGAUUCAAAAAAUUCAAUCGUCGUCACUGUAUGCAGGUGGGUGAAUUUGCAAAUUGCCUGACUGAAGCUCGUAAUGAGUUACAACACAAGUAUAUUUCUCACUCGUGAAGAAGCUUUAUUUUGUUUAUUUUAUUUUAUUUUUCUCCUGCAGACUAGAUAUUUAGUCCGUAGCUUCUUUCUGCAGAUCAGAGGUCAUCCAGCGGAAAUUUACAAUAACGAAGGCGCUACUGUUCAAGGCAGAUAGAUCUUCCUUUGAUCGCCUUUGUCAGCAGGUGGGGGGAUCUUCUGCCAUUGAAAGCUGCUAGAUGAAGCUCUCCCUUUUUUUUAAACACCACCACAACCACGCAUACCGUUGACGAACUAAUGUUCAACAGAUACACAAGUUAGAAGCUGAGCAGAAGAGAUUGGAGGAGGAUGCAGUCGUUUAUAAUCGGCUCCUGGAGCAGCUUAAACUCUCACCUGCAUACAAAACGGUGACGAUGAUGGCUAAUUAUAUAUACCCCCUUUUGGAUCUCAGCAAACCCUGUUCCAAGAUCCUCGAGUAUGAUUUUUUUUCUCCCAAUCUUAUAAAUUCUCAGAUGCUUGAGAUUGGCGCCCGAAUGGAGUCAGAAGCGAGUCCAGAGGACGACGAUGGAGACCCAGAUUCGGAGUCAAUCGAUGUAUCAUUCGAGGAGUUGCUGGCCCAGGAGAAGAAGGAUUCCUUCUGGUAUUAGCCCCUUCCCCCGUCUUCUUUGCCAUGAGCCUUCCCCCCUCCCUUGGCUGCUUAAUCACCCUCUUCGUCCUCUGCAGGCAGAGGAACGGAAAGCUGAGAUCUUUCUCCUCUGGGGCGGCCAACAAUCGAAUCGACCCAACCUGA